AUGUUGAAAAAGGAGUAUCGCCAGCUAUCCUGCUACAAGAUCAUGACGGCUCUGGGUUUUUACGAUAUGGCAGCCAUCGCUAUCAACUCGCUGGCAACAGGACUUCUAUGGUUGAAUGGCGCUAACUACUGCUCACAUCCGACCCUUGUCUAUGUGCUUGGUACGAUUGGACUAAGCCUGUGGUGCGGAGCAUGUCUCAACUGCCUCAUACUCGUGAUCAAUCGGAUACUUGAAGUGACUGAUAGGCGCUGGUUGUACAUAAUUUACGGUAAUCAUCGAACAUACGUUGUGCUUCUUCUACCAUUCAUCUAUAGUGUUUGCUUUUGUUUUUUCACGCCUCCUAUGCUUUUCAACUCCAGCUAUAUGGCAUGGUUCUUCGACACAUAUGCACCCGGUCACGAGGCUGAUGAGUACUAUAAUUACCCUUAUACAGUGAAUAAUUUGCUAGUUGUAGCAAUAACUUGUUUACUGUAUAUUCCAUACGCACGGCGCGUACUUUCGCUUUCAAGAUCUACAAUGCGGUUAUCGUGGGCUCAAAAAUCCUUUUUCAUUCAAUGUACUUCAAUAUGUACUGCAAACUUCGUAGCGGCUUUGAGCUAUGUUUAUAUGCAAUUUUUUGAGACAACUUCGUAUAUUGCACUUCUUGGGCACAUAUUUUGGCAGUUAGGACACGGUUUCCCGGCGAUCGUUUAUAUCGUUCUCAACAAAACUAUUCACAGGGAGGCUCUAUAUUUACUAGGAAUUAGGAGGCCAUCAAAUUCAACUCAAGUGACCCAAGUAUCAAAGAUUUCAAGAAAUACUACACAGAAUAGUCACGAACUUUUCCAUGGCUAAGAUUUAGAUCUGCAAACAUGUCAGCUGAUAGAUGUAAAUCUGUUCCCAUGAUAUUCUAAUCUUUGUGUGGCAGAUAGGUUCUAGACUUUCAUUCGCAUCAGUCUGCUAGUAACGACUCAUACUCGUCAUUGGUUAUAAGAGAGUAGAGUCAGUGCACUUUGCUAUCCUGCACUAAAAAAUGUCAAGUCUGUACCACAUCAUCCUUACUACUAACGUCUUUACGAUGAUGUGAGCGAACAUUUACGUCUUCUAAGCAGAGGGAGUAGGAAAAAGCGUAUUUACGUCGAAUACCAGCAAGUUUGCAUUAGCGGGGAUUACUUGGAGUAUAAUGUAUGCGUUUUCAAGGAAUAAUGCCACGCCUGUCGCAAGAACGCC